AUGGCCUGCUGCUCUACCAGCUUCUGUGGGUUUCCCAGCUGCUCCACCAGCUGCUGCCAGCCCACCUCCUGCCAAACCAGCUGCUGCGGCACUGGCGGUAGCAUCAGUGGUGGCCAGGGGAGUGGCCAAGGAGCUACAACUUGCCGUGUCAGGUGGUCCCGCCCAGACUGCCGUGUGGAGGGCACCAGCCUGCCCUCCUGCUGUGUGGUGAGCUGCACCCCCCCAACCUGCUGCCAGCUGCACCACGCCCAGGCCUCUUGCUGCCGCCCAUCCUACUGUGGACAGUCCUGCUGCCGCCCAGCCUGCUGCUGCCCCUGUUCCCAGCCCACCUGCUGCCAAUCCACCUGUUAA